UUCCAGAAGAGUGGAUGGACAGGCUAGUUCAAGACUGCAGUUCCCCUGAGCAAGGUUUUUCCACUUGGCCUCACUGUUUGUGUGCAUGUGAUUAUUUGACAUAGCGUCUCCUCCUGAACAGUGAGGCACAUUUUGGAUGCUAAAUGAGGACGUAAGGGACGGUGUUUAGUAGCCUCUUACUGCAUUGCUGCCUGGAGGGCUAUGCAUUGCUGUUGAGGACCCUUACUACUCCAUGUUCUUCGACAGACCCACACAGAAGCAUGCUCCCGGAAGCUGCUGCUGAGGAGUCCCCCACUUUGCUGCUGCCUGUGCUGCUGGUAGUGGGCUGGAUCGUGGGCUGUGUGGUGGUCCUCUACUUCGUCUUUUUCUAGGGAGGAAGCAGAAGAUCCUGAUCAAGACUUUAAUGCAUCUCAUAUAUUAUGUAAAAGUAUUAUUAUAAAGGUAAUCAGGUACCAGGCCACUUUCUACAAAAAGCCUAAAUUGAUUCUCCAAAGCUUUUAGUACACAGGAAAACAUCAUAAUGUUGAUCCAGCAUAACUGUCUGUCAUGGAUACCUGUAUUUAUUGUUUUUCAUUAGUAGAUGUUUUUUUCUUUGUAUAAAUGGGGCCAUAAUAACAGAAAAUGACUCAUUUGCAUACCACAGUAAAUGUCAAUGAUAUUUCCUGUCCCCAUUAUCGUAAGAGAGGAAAAAGCUGUGUAAUCUCAGAAAGAGCUACAGUACCUAACACAAACAUGUUAAUCACUGCGCAUCUCAGAAUUCACUAAUCCAUUAAUCAUUUAUUCUAUCCAGCAAUCCCCAACACACUGUUUAUACUACCAGCAGAACUUUAUUUAUAUACUAUAAAGCUAGAAUUGUAUAUUGCUGUGGAAAGGUUUGAAAACACUUCCAGUUUUACUAUAUAUUUUUGUAAUUUUAUGUAAAAUAAUUUCUAACUUUAACAAUGUGAAGUUAACUGUUAAAAAGUAAUGCACUGUAAAAUGUAUUACAAGUGAACACUAUGAUUAUCUUUUUGCAUACAGUUUGAGUAUGAAAAAAUGUUCUUAAUAUUCAUUUUAUUUCACUUUUAAUGUUUAACAAUCUACAAAUAAUUUUAGUUUUUGAAUACAGCUUUAUGUUUUUUUAAACCUGUAAAAUUAAACAUGCUGUACAUUGACCCAACCCUGUUUAAUAUUAAUAACAACAUUUAUUUCAGACAUUUUAAUACAGCUAUGUCAAUAAAUAUUUGAUGAUGGAAUUACAAACUACCAAACAAUACUGAAGAAAUGGCUCUUAGUUUUGUUGUAACCACUGCGGCCUAUCAGUAACAACUAUUAUGGAAUUUAUAUGAACAACUCUAAUUGAUAUUGUCUCAGUUGUUUAAUUGAUUUCUGAAUA